AUGUCCUUGGUCGCAUCACACCAUCCUUCAAUCAAUACCUCUUUAUCUUCUACCACCGCAGCCGAUAUCGAGGACCGCAAACCGUAUCCAGACACUUCUGAAGCCACGCUCAGUUCCCUUCUCAGCACCUUCACCAACCCAGAGCAUACCUCUAUGGACAGAGGUGCAGCCGAGUACCCGCAGUCAGGUUUGCCAUCACCAUAUCCUCACGCGUUGACAAACGCUCAAUCUGAAGAACCAACAGCAGAGCACGCGUCUGCCCCCCAUUACCCCCCGCAGCCAGAAGUCAGAUCGAGCAACUUCUCUGCCUCCGCGACGCCGACCUCAGAGUACGGUGUCUAUCCUUCGUCGGCGCGAUCAGCCACGUUCUCGGAUCAUCUCCAACGUCAGUAUCAUCACCCAGCAAGCAACCACAGUGGUAGCAGCGGAGGAAUGGCUCAAUCAACAAGUCCGUCACUGCCUUUGCAAGAUGGGAACCAUCAAAAUUCCCAAAUUAAGUCUGACUCGGAUGUACACAUAGAUCCAUCCAUCGCGGCCUCGAGUCCUACCUAUCCUCCCACCAACAGUCAAUAUUCGCCAUACGGGCAACCACCAGCUCACGAUAUGUCGCACUAUCCUGCGCACCCUAACCAGGCCAUGUAUGCUCAACCUCGACCAGACUGGGCUGGCUACGCCGGUCAUCAGCAGCAGCACGCGAUGGCACCCGGAGGAUAUCCUGUGAGUGGUGCCCAAACACCAACAUCUACAGCCCCAGCUGGCGCGCGUGGUUCUGGCCAAGUCUAUUCAUUUGUCCCCAUUCCAGGCGCUCAACAACACAAGCGCCCCCGUCGCCGAUACGAAGAAAUCGAACGCAUGUACAAGUGUGGUUGGAAUGGCUGUGAGAAGGCGUAUGGAACAUUAAAUCACCUCAACGCCCACGUCACCAUGCAAAGCCAUGGUUCGAAGCGCACUCCUGAAGAAUUCAAGGAGAUCCGUAAAGAAUGGAAAGCGCGCAAGAAGGAAGAAGAGACUUUACGCAAGGCCGAGGAGGAUCGCACCCGAACUGCAAUUGGCGGCGGUCAACCUGAGGGCCAAGCUCCCGGCGAGAGUCACGGUGCUGCCUAUCAACAACAAGGUCGAUCUGUUCAGUUGCCUCCUAUCGGUUACCAACCUGGAGCUUCUGUUCCAGGCCAAUAUCAAUCCCAAGCACCAAAUCCCGAUGUUCAUCAAUUGCAGAAUUACAACUCUCAACCAGGCAUCCAAUACGGUGGCUAUCCGGCUUCACCAUAUGGUCAGCCAAAUCCAAUGUACAGUCAACAUAACCAGGCUGGACCUCAACCAAAGUAUGAGCAUUAA